AUGAUCUGGCAGCGCGGAACUGAGGCUCCUAUGGACACGUCGCCGCCCGGACCUCCUCCAGCCAGCAUAUUUGACAGCGAUGUCUCACGAGGAAAUUCAGCUCAUGCAUCUACCUCUCAGCUUCCGCCGGACACUGACAUGACCGAUGUCGAAAUGUCGAGCCUUACACCGCCAUCGCACAAAGUGUCAAACCUGCGCUCCAGCGUACUUGACCAGAACGACGAGCUGGCAGAUGACUCGAUGAACGGCGCAGAUAACCUGGCUCACAGCAGCUUCUCCAAGGCACCACCAUCAAAGCAUGUUCGGAGGAAGCGCAGCGUUCUCAGCAGGAAAGGAAAGCGCUUGGCGCAUCUGCAAAGCCGCGACCUUGUUCCUGCUUCGAGACUCUUACACUCGGCUCACGGCGACAAUGACGACGACAGUGAUGAUGGAUCAAGUUUCGAUACUGAAAAUGAAUACGAGGAUGAGGAAGGAGACGACAUUGGUGGUAUUCAGCGCAAAGGCACACCAAGUCGGAUCCGAUCCAUUACCAAGUAUGCCUUCAACUACAUCCUUCCCAACGCCGUGUCUCCCCUACCACAUCAGCCCAUUGAGUCGUACGCCUCGACUGGGAAUCACAUGGACAAGCCCGAGCUGCUGCUUGGCUAUGCACAGCUCAUCUUCAACGCCAGCAUCCUCUCCGCUUUCCUCUAUCUUCUGUUUCAUGUCGUUCGUACGGUCCAGAAGGAUGUUGCCGAGAAAGUACGCUCGUACGAGAUGGACAUUCUGUCCGAGAUCACUACCUGUGCCGCUGCAUAUACAGCCAAUAGGUGUGGUACGGAUCUGCAAGCGCCUGCUUUGGCAAGCGCAUGCAAGAACUGGGAGCGAUGCUCGGCUCGAGAUCCAGCUGUUGUAGGCACCGCUCGUGUCACCGCCGAAACCUUUGCUGAGAUCCUCAAUGGCUUUGUCGAUUCGGUCAGCUGGAAGACCAUGUUCUUCACGCUGAUCUGCCUUUCCAUCGUUGUUGGAGCUACCAACUCAUUUCUCUCAUUCUUCCGUAUCAAAUCACGAUCUCAAAAUCAUGACUCGAACCCUACCUCGCAGAAUUUGCCCCAAUCAACUGCAGGACACCCAUCGGCACCUCCACCCUCACAUGCAAUCGCUGCACCGACACAUAGCUCACUUGCCAACGGCGUCCCUGCAUUCUACCACCCUCAUCAACAUCCCGGGUACGAAUCAGCUCCGCAUUAUGCCUAUCCGACAUGGCAGCAACUUGCGCCUUCGACUCCAUCACGCAGACGAACGCGCCAGGGUGCAUAG